AUGGCUGCUGAGGCCAUCCAGGUGGCCGUCAGAGUCGAGGACGGCAUCCCGAAGCUGCUGGUGAAAAUCAGCCCAAGCACAUGCGCUGGCUUUGCCGCCAAGAACUUGGGCGAGGUGACAGUGAAGAGACCUGGAGCACCGCGAGGACACGUGGCAGUCCUUCACCUCAGCUCCGCCGUGCCCGCGGGCUCUGUCCUGAUCUCCCUGAAGCUGUCGGAGCUCCUGGAAGUGACAUCGGGGGAUCAGGUCCAGAUCGUUCAUUCUGACCGCGUUAGGCGGGCAGCCCGACGAGAGCCGCCUCAGGAUCCCAUGGUUAUGAGACGUGGCUCUUGGAGUGAUCUGCCGGUGCCAGGGCAGCGGGUGCAAGCGGUUCAGGUGCCUACUUCCGCAAGGCAGAACUGGCGCGAGUCCUUCGGGCGGCCUUUGCAGGAUUCGACUCAAUCACUUCACGCCCGGCCAGGGCGGCCCAAGGAGCCGGUCCCACAAGCAGCAGACGAACUCGGCACAGAGUUCUCGCCGCUGCCCAAAGCGAUUCCGAGGACGAGCAUUCAGUCGCCGAACCAGCAGAAGCUGAGCCAGAAAGCAUCCAACCUUGGCUUCGCCACUCCCUCUCUGCCUGUGACGGAGAGCUACGCUUCGCCUGCAGCUGCGACUGCCAGUGUACCAUCUGCUUCUGCCCCAGGCACACCCCAGCGCUGCUUGAUGCCGGCCUUUGCGCAGGCCGCUCAUAGCCAAAGGGGCGAGCCGCCCAAGCCAGGUUACCCGCCAGUGGCCCAGCCGCAGGUGGUCCAUCCACAAAUGUCACAGCAGCAGCCGUUCAAUCCGGCCACCCGCACAGUGUUCAAAGCACCUGCGCACUUCGUACAACCUGGGUCGCCAGGGAGUGCAAGCAGGACUCUCAAUGCAGUCAAUCCUGCCUCGGCUGGUUUCUCCAGGCCCAUGGCCAGCACCGCUCCAGCACCAGGUCGAAGACCUGGCACCGAAGCGUGCAAGGAGGCAUUGGGCCAGGUGGAGGUGGCAGACUGGCUUCCUGCUUCCAUGGGCUCACCCGUUUGGAAGGCUGCACAGCAGCCCCCGCCUUCGUCUCCACCAGCUCUGGUACCCAAAGCACCUUCCCAGUCACCCACACGCACGCACAGCCCAAGCCCAAGCCCUCCCCAAAUGCGGCCUGAAGGAGCUCAGCCAAAGGUGCCGAGCCCAAAGCUCCAGCCGUUUCCACAGCCACAGUCCAGUCCACAAGGGCCUCUGCUGAGGGACGGAGAGCGUGCCGUGCGCGUGCGGCAGAGCGUCCCCAACUUGCAGCCACGUCGCGUGCACUCACAGGCAGAGCUCCAGAGAGGCACGGCGAGACAUGGAGCGGAAAUCCCAUCCAAGAUCAGCCCCAGCCCCAAGGUGGCUCUGAACAAAGAGCGCCAGUCCCUAAGCCCUCCUCCGCUUCGCAUGCCAAGGGCGGCCCCAAGCGCAAGUCCGACCUCCGCUAGCGGAGAGCCAUCACCAUCCUUGGGCCCCCCCCCGGGCCACGCCCCAAGUCCAAGUCCGACCUCCGCAAGCGGAGAGCCGCCAUCACCAUCCUUGGGCCCAUUCCACGCGCCUCCGGGCCACGCAGGCCACGCAGGCCACGCAGGCCAGCCGAACCUGGAGCCAGAGAAGGCAACGGCAGCACCUGCGCGCAACGGUGGAGUCAGCUGGCGGAACGGCACCAGUGCUCAGAGGAACAGCCUGACGAAGGAGACUGCGGCAGACCGCAGCCUAUCGCCGGCGCAGCCUGUGGUGAAGCCCGCGGUCGGGCCCGUGGAAGAGACCAGCUCACCGAAGGCUGACUGCAGCGAGCAGCAGCCUCCUCCACUGGUCCAACGCCGAGAUAAAGUUCGCCCGACAGCACUGGUACAUCUUCCAGGUGCAGCCCGGAGCGUUAGUGCCAAGCCUCGGCGCACUGGCACCGUGCGGCGCCCUGCAUCACAGGGCCUUGGCCACUUGCAAUGUGAGCCUUGUCCAGCAUGCACCCAGUCGGCAGCUGCGGCGUCUGUGAGUUGCGACUGGCGGCGGCCACAGAGCACGGGUGGAGGAAGCCUGGAGCGAUCCGAGCUCGGCCCAGAGAUCACAAGUGAAGUGCGCCGGUGGCUGCUGGGCCUCACUGAGGGCCUGCAGUGCUCGCAUGUGGUGAUGGACAAGGCACUGACGGUGCUCUCGAACUUCAAGCUGUCCAGUGGCUGUGAGCUGGAGGUGCUUGGAGGGCCACUGGGUGCCAUCGUGGGCGGAUACAACGAAGCCGACUGGCUCCACCAGGAGAUAUUCUCCAAGUCUCCAGCGGAUGCGGUGAAGGAGUCCUUCGAGCUGCUCGGCUUCGGCGACGUCAGGGAAGGUGACUGGUCUAGUGUCAUGGUGGAGGAAGUCUCCCUGGCCUACCGUCGCCAGUGCCUUCGGGGCCAUCCCAGCAGGGGAGGUCCUGCCAGGGGCUACUUGAAAUUGCAGGUGGCCAUGGAGGUCAUCCGUGCAUUCUGUGGAGAAGCCGGUCCCCUCACGCCCGAACCAGCGGAGGAGGCCAUGGCGGCACAUUUCUCCACCUUGGCGCGUCAUGUUCAGCAAGUCGUCUCUAAGAUCCCAGUUCCGGAGUGGGAUACUGUGGAUGACGCAUUCCUGGGAGUUCGGAACACCUUCUUUGACUUGAGUGAUUCGCCCUCGCUGCAGCAGUGGUACAAGGACACCAGAGGCAUACGCUCAUGCCCGGCCAGCGAGCAUGGUGAUGAUGACCGGACUGUAUGCGGUGAUGCUGAUGUUGACGAAGACGAUGCCAUGCAGACGCCAGAGCCAUCUCCACGCCUUUUCCAUGAGGAAGAGAACCCUCAGCCCUCACCUGCAGCAUGCAAUGCGGCAGAGCCAGCAAAGGCCAGGACUCCAUUAAAGAGUGGUGCAAGCCCAUACCGGCCAACGCCUGCGGCAGCACCGACAUGCAGCACAACCUAUUAUGCUGUGCCCCCGCCAGUGGGCACCACAGGUCAAGCUCUUGCGGCAGAGUACCACCGCAGAGUGCAAGCAUCGCGGCUGCAAUUAUCGCAGGCUCAGGUCCGGCAAAACAUCCCGCCGACCUAUGCGCCUCCUGAUCACCUCAAGGCAAAGCAGCUUGCCGUUACGACGCCUCUUCAGGUGAGCUCACCGGUCCUGGGUUCAGAAGUACUUCCAAGUCUUGGGUCGGGUGCGCAUGCCACUGGUGAAUGUCGACCUUGCGCCUUCUUCCACAAAAACCGCUGUGUAACAGGCCGAACCUGCCUGUUCUGCCACCUCUGUGAUGCCGGUGAGAAGAAGCGCCGACUUCGGCUGCAGAAGACCAAGCAUAUCUCAUCCGUACCCUUCGUUCUAGAUGACCUCGCGUUGGCGCGAGAGUUGGAACUGACGCCGUCUCAGGCUGCACAGGAGGCAGACAGUUUGCCGGUCCAGAGGCUCGAGGAGCUUAACCGGGCCUUGGAUGAGUACAUCCUCCGACAGAUGUGCUUCAAGAGCGAGAUUGUGGCAGAAAUCGCGCGGCUGCACGAGAACUCUGCCUACUCCAUCCUCGGGGUGUCGCCGGAUGCGUCUGAUGCAGAAAUCAAGAAGGCAUAUCGCGUUGUGGCGAUGCAGUGUCACCCAGACAAAGGUGGCGACAAGGCGGAGUUCCAGGAACUUCACGAGGCCUACGAGAAGAUCAUGGAGCAGCGAAGGAGUUCGGCCAAUCUUGACGGCAAGUCCCGCAAGCAGCGCGAAGCUGACAGUGACGAAGAUCCAGACACCGAAGAGAAGGAGAAGGAGAAGGAGGAGAAGGAGGAGACUGAGGAAAGGGAAGAGAAGCCUGAAGAGAACCACCAGGAGAAAAAAGAAGCCUCCUCGGAGCGAGCUGAGGCAGAAGAGUCGGAAGAGGACGGCUCCGAUGCCCAGCUCCUGGCCAAGGCCGCCAAAGCGGCAGACGAGGCCUCGCACUACGCCAAGACAGCUGCUGAGUUCGCCCACCAGGCUGCGGAAGCAGCGGAAACGGCGCGACAAGGUCGUGAUUCUGGUGGUGCCAUCACCUUGACCAAGUCCAUUGCACAUUCGGCCAUCGUCCUCACACUGACCGUUGUGAAAGCCGUUCGUGUGGUGGGCUAUGCUACUAUGGAUGUGGCAGCCCAGUGCCGCCUAGCAUCCAGGAAAUUCACGGAAGCCUCAUGUGCCGAAAGCUCCACAGAGGCAAUGGGGCUUGGCCUCGAGGCCCUCAAUGCGGCCUUGGCAUGCGCGGAGGUCACGGAGACUACGGCGGCAGAGCUCCAGGUACCAGAGGGCCUUGAGGCUUCUGAAGCAGCCGAGCGCUUUGUCAAUGCUGCCGUACGCGCCUCGCUAGCAGCUGCUAGUGCAUCCAAUGCGGCGAUGUCUGCGGCCAUUGCGGCGGUCGAGGGACAUCGUCAGUGCAUGCAGGCCGUAGAGGCCAAGACGGAGACUGCAGAGGAGGGACCUGAACCUGCCGAAGCUGACAAAGACGACGCAUCGGAGGGAAAGGACCAGUCGCAGCCGUCAGAUCAUGGUUCCGACGACGAGUCGGUGAGCCCUCCUGAGCCGCGCCGGCACAGCAAAGAGGACUCAGCACAGGCCGCCAUCAGGAGGCAAGUCACGCAGCGGAAUAACAACCACAAGGUGCUCCAGCGUUUGAAUGCGGAGAUCUUGACACACCAGCAGAACGUGAGGGAAUUCUUGCAGGCGAACCGCCAACUUAUCCCGGCGGUGUCCACAGAGGCAAAGGGCAGAGUCCACACAUUGCUCAGCAAUUAUGCGCGGGAAGUCGGCACCGAGCUUCAAGAGCGGGUGCAGUCUGAUCCUUCAGAUCUUGCGGAGGUCCUUCAGUCAGCCUUGAAAUCGACGGGCCUCCUGGCUCCGUUUCUGCAGAAGCAGACGUUGGCCAUCCCCAUUUGCCCGAAGGCACGGGUCUUGAAGAUGGCCGCGUUGUACGACCUGCGCAUGACCGUUCAGGUUCUCGAGCAGGAAAUCUUCAGACCUGUCCAGUCUCUCCUGGAACAGGUUGGCAAGAGCCCCUCCUAUGCGCCACUUGCUGAGAUCCAAGAUAAGGUGCAGAAGGAGCUGGCACGCUGCAUCGAGGAAGAGCAUGACGGGGCCUGA